AUGGCGCCACUGCUGCAGAGCUCUCAGCCAUGGGUCGAGAAAUACCGACCGAAGAAAGUGAGGGACGUCGCCCACCAGGACGAGGUCGUUCGAGUCCUCACCAACACGCUGGAGACGACGAAUUGUCCGCACAUGCUGUUCUAUGGUCCUCCGGGCACGGGGAAAACUACUACAGCUUUAGCAAUUGCACACCAGCUUUACGGGCCUGAGUUAUACAAGUCUAGAGUGCUCGAGCUGAAUGCCAGUGAUGAUCGUGGGAUCAAUGUUGUCCGCACGAAAAUAAAGAACUUUGCUGCGGUUGCUGUGGGUAAUGUUCGCCAUGGUGGUUAUCCUUGCCCGCCUUAUAAGAUUAUAAUUCUUGAUGAGGCUGAUUCAAUGACUGAAGAUGCUCAGAAUGCCCUGCGGCGCACAAUGGAGACAUACUCGAAAGUAACAAGAUUCUUUUUCAUCUGUAAUUACAUCAGCAGAAUUAUCGAACCUCUGGCAUCUAGAUGUGCGAAAUUCAGGUUCAAACCGCUUACAGAAGAAAUCAUGAGUACUCGUAUAUUAUAUAUUUGCAAGGAGGAGGGUCUUAACUUGGAUUCAGAGGCUCUUUCAACCUUAAGUUCUAUUUCUCAAGGUGACCUGCGCCGGGCUAUAACGUAUCUACAAGGGGCUGCUCGCUUAUUUGGGUCUUCAAUUUCAUCCAAAGACCUAAUUAGUGUGUCUGGUGUCAUCCCUGAGGAUGUCGUGCAGGCUCUAUUUUCUGCUUGCAAAAGUGGCAAUUUUGACACAGCGGAUAAGGAGGUUAAGAAUGUAAUUGCUGAAGGAUAUCCAGUCUCCCAGAUGCUAUCCCAGUUGUAUGAUGUGAUUGUGGAGUUAGAUGAUAUAGCAGAUGACCAGAAGGCAAGAAUAUGCAAGAAACUGGCCGAGACAGAUAAGUGUCUUGUGGAUGGGGCAGACGAGUAUUUGCAACUUUUGGAUGUCACUAGCAACAUAAUGCGUGCAAUUCAUAACAUGCCACAUGAAUUUUCCUUUGGGGGUUAG